AAUGAUACUAAUAGCACAAUUUAUGCUGUUUGCCGUUUUAUCACAAACAGUACAAAUUUACCUUUUAAUUUGCAUAUUUCGCUUAUCAAAGGAGAUAAACCGAGGCUUAUUCGAAAAAUACGUCAAAAAAUCAAACCUUAAAACUUCAUGUUGAUUGGUUAAUCAUAAGCCACGUCAAUUCAUUCCUCAAACUCCAUAAUCCACAAAACACAAAAAACCAAAAAAAAUGCUUGAAAAAACACAACCUCAUCCACUUCCUUCCUUCACUAAAACCCACCAUAACCAUGUCAAUCUCCGCCGCAACUACCGCCAUUCUCUCUCCUCCCUCCACCAUCAAACACCACCACCUUCUCCCUCACCCUUCAAAACCCACUUCCCUCUCAACCCAGCCCAUAACCCGGCCCAUAACCCGAAUCCAAGUCUCCUCCUCUCCAACCAACAAACCCAUUACUGACCCCACCUCAAAAACCACCCAAGAAACCAUCUUUUUUGACGGAGGUGCACAUUACGGAGACUUACUCGCAAAUCUUGUUCUGGGUUUUACUCUGUUUUGGCUUCCCUUAACAGUAGCAGCAGUUUCAAGGGCAUUUUUUCUGAGGUACAGGUUUACUAAUUUAAGGGUUACUGUAAUUUCUGGGUUAACUGGAGAUGAUAGAAGUGAUUUCUCUUAUAAUGUGAUUAAGGAUGUUCAGGUUGUUCCUAGGUUUAUUGGGGAAUGGGGUGAUAUUAUUAUUACCUUAAAAGAUGGGACUAAAGUUGAUUUAAGGAGUGUUCCUAAAUUUAGGGAAAUUGCUAAGUAUUGUCUUUCUAUGGCUCAGAAGCCUGUUGUUCUUAAAGAAACUGGUUCUAAAGGGUUUUGAUUCAUUGGACUAAUUCAGGAAAAUGAGGAGGUAUGUAAAUUUUUUGGUUUUGGAGGUUUUAUAUCAUGUUUUACCGGUUAAUUGUUAGCAAUAUACUGUAAUUCUGUUGUGAAUUGAAAGAAAUUUGAAUAGAUUUUGGUAUUUAUGCAUCAA